AUGGCCGUGGUACUGGUGAAUGACAGAGAGGAGUGGGGCGACGAACACACACAGGUGAGAACCGGGAGAGGGGGGAUGGAUGGAAGUGGGGGAGAGAGAGGAGUGGGGGAGUGAGAGGGAGUGGGGGAGUGAGAAAGAUAGAGAGGGAGUGGGGGAGUAAGAGAGGGAGGAGUGGGGGAGUGAUAGAGAUGAAGGAGUGAGGGAGAGAGAGAGGGGAGAGUGCAGUGGUGAGAUGUAAAGGAGGGAAGAGUGGAGCGAGGACUAUAGGUGAUUCGAAAAAAUUAAAGAAUAGAAGGGGUGGAGUGAUGAGAGGUAAAAGAGUGUGGAAAUGGGUGUGUGGGGUGAGUGAGGCAGACCAAGAGAGGAGUUAGGGUAGAGAGGGGGUGAUAAGAGUUGAAAGAGCAAUGUGGAGCAAUGGGAGAAUGCUGAGUCUGAGAGAGAACACGAGGCCGCGGCAUGAUCGAAAGUCUGACCUCAUUGCAGCCAGUAGUUUUCCAUGGUGGAUUCAACUGUCUCAAAAUGGCUGUGUCUACUGAAUGGGGGCUCCUAAGGCAUGGACGGUCCAUAUUUUUGGCACAGGUCUAUUUUUAAAUGCUGGCAUGCCCUGCUUGCGCUCCAAUGGGAAUGCAAGGGUCGCUUUUUAGGGAAAGGGUCAACCUAUAGAAGCUUUAAAGAACCUGAACGAGCUCGGUCUGGAAUCACUGUGCACUGCAAACAGGACCUACCAAGCUAGUUUUUGCUUUUGUGUUAAUUUAAGUUUUUCUUUCUGAAAGCGCUCCGAUUGCGAAUUCCUCAGCUUCUCACAAAUUAGUCUUCUCAAGUGUGGUUCAGUCUACCUGUUCUCUCAGUUAAAACUAGGGACAGUCUCAAAUGUCCAACUCAGUAGCCUUGACCAGCUCUGUCUAUCCCAUUUGCGUCAAUCAGAUCAGCGACUCGGACUCAGAAGUGGAUUACCUGGCCAUCAUCCCGGAGGUGACAGACGUUGUGCCUGACACGGUGCCUGUGACAGGGGAGUCCUACUGCCACUGUGACCCCUGGGAGGAAACCAGCCCUGGGGCUCUGCUGCAGGGCUUCCAGACCCUCAACGACUGCCUGUGUGGAGAGGAGGACCAGGGUGUGUAGUGGGACUGGGGAACCAUGGAUCAGUGUAUAUUUUUAUGUCUUUCACUUAGUCUGGUCUGUGUUUACUGUAUAGGUGAAUGAAUAAUUGUCUCCUCUUUGUGCUGUCAAGCGAUGUCAGUUUCUGUGUUCUGACUCCGACUGGAUAUGGGCUGAUAAUAUUGUGUGUAUGUGUGUGCAUGUAUUUGUAUGUCCACGUUUUGAAUGGAUGUGGAGCUAUUAUGUAUAUGAGCAUGCACAGUAUAGCUUAAACAUUGUACCUGGAAAAUGUAGCAGGUGUUAUCAAUGGAUGGUCAUGAAUUAGUGUGUAUGUAUCUUAAUAUAACCAUCAUAUUGUCUCUAUGCAGGUUUUGACUGGGUGUGGGAUGAGGGUGUUAAGCCCAAUGCAGCGUUCCUGAGCUGUGACAACCGCAAGGUGAGCUUCCACUCUGAGUACAGCUGUGGCACAGCCGCCAUCCGCGGCACCAAGGAGCUGGCAGAUGGACAGCACUUCUGGGAGAUCAAGAUGACGUCACCCGUCUACGGCACAGACAUGGUAUGUACGCAAAACAUCCAGGUCAGGAAUUACCCGAAGUAGGUUAACCUUAACCCUUACAUGUUUACAGAUAGUGUAGGCCCAUAGUAUAGCUACAGUAUAGACAGGGGUCGAAUUGUUAAAGGUUAACAAGUGUCGUGGAAAUUCAACGAAAGUCUGUACGAAUGUUGAACAUGUAGAGACUUGUUAACUAAACUUAAGGCUACAAGUUAUUGUACUCCUGAUGGAGUUUUCCUUGAUAUCCCAAAUCAUUAAGUUCUAAACCGAUUUGUGAGUAGGCAAAAUGUAACCACUCCCAGGGACUGAGUCGGAAACUGGCUCUGUUUCCCAGUCUAUGCACUCUCAGGUGCCAGACUUAUUAUGGACAGAGCACUCCAUCUACAGUGGACUGAGUUAUAAUACAUGAUGAUCCCAGAAAGUUUAUCUCUUCCCUUCUGAAUUGGCUGAUGUAUUUAAUACAUUUGGCGCAUUCCAUGUUAAUCUUAAAAUAAUAUAUAUUUUUAUAAGUGUGAAGCAGGAAGUGAAUAUCCAACAGAAAUUGGUAAUAAAUAUAUAGAGUAACAUUGUUAGGGUAGACUAAAAUGAAAACAAUGCCUUCCAAUAUGGAGAAAGUUUUCAUGUUUGUUUUGUUUUUAAACCUUACAAUAGGGGUAAAAGCAGAACAUUGUUUGAGAGUGAUCCGUGUGUAUUAGCAGUAGUGAAUGAGAGCUGUCAGCGGGGCUUUCCCAUGGCCUCACUGCUAUACCCGGGGACCCCCGGGGGAGAUUUGUUUUGUAAAAGAAGCUGUUAGUUGGUCAAUUCUGAGGAUUCCUGGGAGGCUUAGGCCUAUGACCAGGGUGUGAGUUGGUCAAAGUUGAAGGCAAGAAUGCUGACUGUAGCCUGCAUUUGGGCCCAUUUUAAUCAAUUUUCAUUGAGAUAGGCAAUGGUGCCUUCAGAAAUCUCAUGGUCUGACAAACACCGCUCUAGCUCUGCCACCUUUCACCGCAAAUGCGGAAGGGUGACAUCGGCAGAUCCGGUGGAUUGAGACACAGCCCAUGCAAAAAAAAUAUAUAAUCUCUAGUUUAAACUGACGUAUUUUGAUGGGGAUUUUUAAAUUAUGCUAACUAGAUUUCUGCAGGGGCACGGAUAUCGACUCUAGGGGGUUAAAACAGAGUUUAAUGGCUGUGAUAGGAGCAAACUGAGGAUGGAUCAACAACAUUGUAGUUAUUCCACAAUACUAACCUAAUUGACAGAGUGAAAAGAAGGAAGCCUGUACAGAACUUUAUGUCUUGAAUACAACGCGUUAUGUUUGGGGCAAAUUCAACACAACACAUCACUGAGUACCACUCUUCAUAUUUUCAAGCAUGGUGGUGGCUGCAUCAUGUUAUGGUUCUGCUUGUCAUCGGCAAGGACUAGGGAGUUUUUAUGGAUAAAAGGAAACGGAAUAGAGCUAAGCACAGGCUAAAUCCUAGAGGAAAACCUGGUUCAGUCUGGUUUCCAACAGACACUGGGAGGCCAAAUAUACACUGGAGGUGCUUACCAAGAUGACAUUGAAUGUUCCUGAGUGGCCUAGUUAAAGUUAUGACUUAAAUUGGCUUGAAGAUCUAUGGCAAGACUUGAAAAUGCUGGUCUAGCAAUGAUUAACAAGCAACUUGACAGAGCUUGAAGAAUAAAAAGAAAGUAUAAUGUGUAAAUAUUGUACAAUCCAGGUGUGCAAAGCUCUUAGAGACUUACCCAGAAAGAUUCACAGCUGUAAUCACUAACAAAGGUGAUUCUAACAUGUAUUGACUCAGGGGUUUGAAUACUUAUCUAAUCAAGAUAUACAGUGCCUUGCAAAAGUAUUUAUCCCCCUUGGCGUUUUUCCUAUUUUGUUGCAUAACAACCUGUAAUUUGAAUGGAUUUUAAUUGGGAUUUCAUGUAAUGGACAUACACAAAAUAGUCUAAAUUGGUGAAGUGAAAUGAAAAAAAUAACUUGUUUCAUAAAAUUCAAAAAAAUUAAUAACUGAGUGUGCAUAUGUAUUCACCCCCUUUGCUAUGAAGCCCCUAAAUAAGAUCUGGUGCAACCAAUUACCUUCAGAAGUCACAUAAUUAGUUAAAUAAAGUCCACCUGUGUGCAAUCUAAGUGUCACAUGAUCUGUCACAUGAUCUCAGUAUAUAUACACCUGUUCUGAAAGGUUCCCGAGUCUGCAACACCACUAAGCAAGGGGCACCACCAAGCAAGCGGGACCAUGAAGACCAAGGAGCUCUCCAAACAGGUCAGGGACAAAGUUGUGGAGAAGUACAAAUCAGGGUUGGGUUAUAAAAAAAUAUCAGAAACUUUGAACAUCCAACGGAGCACCUUUAAAUCCAUUAUUAACAAAUGGAAAGAAUAUGGCACCACAACAAACCUGCCAAGAGAGGGCCGCCCACCAAAACUCACGGACCAGGCAAGGAGGGCAUUAAUCAGAGAGGCAACAAAGAGACCAAAGAUAACCCUGAAGGAGCUGCAAAGCUCCACAGCGGAGAUUGGAGUAUCUGUCCAUAGGACCACUUUAAGCCGUACACUCCACAGAGCUGGGCUUUAAGGAAGAGUGGCCAGAAAAAAGCCAUUGCUUAAAGAAAAAAAUAGGCAAACACGUUUGGUGUUCGCCAAAAGGCAUGUGGGAGACUCCCCAAACAUAUGGAAGAAGGUACUCUGGUCAGAUGAGACUAAAAUUGAGGUUUUUGGCCAUCAAGGAAAACGCUAUGUCUGGCGCAAACCCAACACCUCUCAUCCCCCCGAGAACACCAUCCCCACAGUGAAGCAUGGUGGUGGCAGCAUCAUGCUGUGGGGAUGUUUUUCAUCAGCAGGAACGGGGAAAUUUGUCAGAAUUGAAGGAAUGAUGGAUGGCGCUAAAUACAGAGAAAUUCUUGAGGGAAACCUGUUUCAGUCUUCCAGAGAUCUGAGACUGGGACGGAGGUUCACCUUCCAGCAGGACAAUGACCCUAAGCAUACUGCUAAAGCAACACUUGAGUGGUUUAAGGGGAAACAUUUAAAUGUCUUGGAAUGGCCUAGUCAAUGCCCAGACCUCAAUCCAAUUGAGAAUCUGUGGUAUGACUUAAAGAUUGCUGUACACCAGCGGAACCCAUCCAACUUGAAGGAGCUGGAGCAGUUUUGCCUUGAAGAAUGGGCAAAAAUCCCAGUGGCUAGAUGUGCCAAGCUUAUAGAGACAUACCCCAAGAGACUUGCAGCUGUAAUUUCUGCAAAAGGUGGCUCUACAAAAGUAUUGACUUUGGGGGGGUGAAUAGUUAUGCAUGCUCAAGUUCUGUUUUUUUUGUCUUAAUUUGAGGGCCCUAUGAAUGUUUUAUUGUUUUGAAGCUAAUUUCCUGAAAUUCAUUACAUCUUUAAGGUAGGCUAUUUCAUGAUACAGUAAUAAAUAUAGGGAAAAUAAAGUAUUGACUUUUCACCAAUGUUAUUCCCCUAAUAAAUAUGUUAUAAUAAUGUAAUUUAUUUGAACCAUCAAGUAUCAAUUUAGUUAAACAUCUUAUUUUUCAGAAAGUGAUUAGCUCAAUUGAUAGCGAGAGUCACACAGAUGACUUGUGUUCUUUUUUUUGUUUUUGUUUUUGACAUUAGAAUAUCAUAGAGACGACCCAAAGAUAUCCCCAUGUGCAUCAGAAGCACAUCUUUCUUGUGAAAGCUUGAUUCUAGGCUAAAGCAUCGCAGACUUAAGCGUCAUUAUAGAUCGCUGUAUAUAAUCAGGAUACAUGUUGCCCCUUUAAACUAACAAGGGUUAUUGCAUUUCUUUCACAAGGGGUAUGGCAUACCCCCACAUACCCCCUCAAAUCGAGCCCUGGCAUAAAUAAUUUGAUAAACAAACAGACAGAGACAGACAAGACAAAUCAAGGCAAGGCAAGAUAGACAGACAGAUAAGGCCAGCCAACCAGCCAGACAAACAAGGCCAGCCAACCAGCCAGCCAGACAAACAAAGCCAAGCAACCAGCCAGACAAACAAGGCCAGCCAACCAGCCAGCCAGCCAGCCAGCCAAACAAGGCCAAGCAACCAGCCAGACAAACAAGGCCAGCCAACCAGCCAGACAAACAAGGCCAGCCAACCAGCCAGCCAGCCAGCCAGCCAGCCAGACAAACAAGGCCAGCCAACCAGCCAGACAAACAAGGCCAGCCAACCAGCCAGACAAACAAGGCCAGCCAACCAGCCAGACAAACAAGGCCAGCCAACCAGCCAGCCAACCAGCCAAACAAACAAGGCCAAGCAACCAGCCAGAAAAACAAGGCCAGCCAACCAGCCAGACAAACAAGGCCAGCCAACCAGCCAGCCAGACAAACAAGGCCAGCCAACCAGCCAGACAAACAAGGCCAGGAAACCAGCCAGACAAACAAGACCAGCCAACCAGCCAGACAAACAAGGCAAGCCAACCAGCCAGACAAACAAGGCCAGCCAAUCAGCCAGACAAACAAGGCCAGCCAAUCAGCCAGACAAACAAGGCCAGCCAAUCAGCCAGACAGUAUUUAACAUUAUUACCUACUAUUGUAUGUUUUGUCUCCUAUGUAGAUGGUGGGCAUCGGGACCGCUGAGGUCAACCUGGACAAGUUCCAACACAGUUUUUGCAGUAUGCUGGGGAUGGACGAGGACAGCUGGGGACUUUCCUACACAGGUGAGGAGGCGACCCAGAAAUGUUAUGAAUAUGCAUGCCUUAUGGAUAUGAACAGCUUCUACAGGUUGACCUUUAUACAUAGCAAUUCACUAAUUUCCCUCCUAUUUCCCCACUCAUGUGUUUUUAUUAAUUUCCUAUUCAAGGUAUCCUGCAGCACAAAGGGGACAAGGUGAAUUUUUCAUCCCGUUUUGGCCAAGGCUCCAUCAUAGGGCUGCACUUUGACACAUGGCAUGGAACCCUUACCUUCUAUAAAAACCGCCGCUGUAUAGGUGAGUGACACAAACUAUAUUUUUUCCUUGAUUCAAACUAUACUGAACAAAAAUAUAAACACAACAUGUAAAGGGUUGGCCCCAUGUUUCAUGAGCUGAAAUAAAAGAUCCCAGAAAUGUUCCAUACACACACAUUUGUUUACAUCCCUGUUAGUGAGCAUUCCUCCUUUGCCAAGAUAAUCCAUCCACCUGACAGGUGUGGCAUAUCAAGAAGCUGACUAAACAGCAUGAUCAUUACACAGGUGCACCUUGUGCUGGGGACAAUAAAAGGCCACUCUAAAAUGUGCAGUUUUGUCACACAACAUAUUGCCACAGAUGUCUCAAGUUGAGGGAGCGUGUAAUUGGAAUGCUGACUGCAGGAAUGUCCACCAGAGCUGUUGCCAGAGAAUGUAAUGUUCAUUUCUCUACCAUAAGCUGCCUCCAACCACGUUUUAGAGAAUUUGGCAGUACCUCCAACCGGCCUCACAAACGCAGACCACGCCAGCUCAGGACCGCCACAUCCGGCUUCUUCACCUGCGGGAUGGUCUGAGGCCAGCCACCCGGACAGCUGAUGAAACUGUGGGUUUGCACAACCAAAUAAUUUCUGCACAAACUGUCAGAAACCGUCUCAGGGAAGCUCAUCUGCGUGCUUGUCGUCCUCACCAGGGUCUUGACCUGACUGCAGUUCGGUGCCGUAACCGACUUCUUCAGUGUGUAAACACUCACCUUCGAUGGCCACGGGCACGCUGGAGAAGUGUGCUCUUCAUGGAUGAACCCCGGUUUCAACUGUAGCGGACAGAUGGCAGAUAGCGUGUAUGGCGUCGUGUGGGCGAGCGUUUUGCUGAUGUCAACGUUGUGAACAGUGCCCCAUGGUGGCGGUGGGGUUAUGGUAAGGGAAGGCAUAAGCUACGGACAACGAACACAACUGCAUUUUAUCGAUGGCAAUUUGAAUGCACAGAGAUACCGUGACGAAAUCUUGAGGCCCAUUGUCGUGCCAUUCAUCCGCCGCCAUCACCUCAUGUUUCAGGAUCUGUACACAAUUCCUGGAAGCUGAAAAUGUCCCAGUUCUUCCAUGGCCUGCAUACUCACCAGACAUGUCACCCAUUGAGCAUGUUUGGGAUGCUCUGAAUUUUCGUGUACGACAGCGUGUUCUAGUUUCCGCCAACAUCCAGCAACUUCACACAGCCAUUGAAGAGGAGUGGGACAACAUUCCAUAGGCCACAAUCAACAGCCUGCGAAGGAGAUGUGUCAUUCUGCAUGAGGCAAAUGGUGGUCACACCAGAUACUGACUGGUUUUCUGAUCCACGCCCCCAGCUUUUUUUAAAGGUGUCUGUGACUAACAGAUGUAUAUCUGUAUUCUCAGUCAUGUGAAAUCCAUAGAUUAGGGCCUAAUUUAUUUAUUUCAAUUGACUGAUUUCCUUAUAUGAACUGUAUAUUUUUGUUCCGUUUAGAUUGUUCAGAGUGCUGACGUAUUCUACCUCAACUGUUAAUGGUAACAUUUGUUCUAGAUUUACAUAUGACCAUGUGCCUAAUGUCUCAGUCUCUUCCUUUCUUCCCGUUCCUCAGGUGUGGCCACCACCAGGCUUCAGAAUAAGAAGUUCUACCCUAUGGUGUGCUCCACUGCAGCCAAGAGCAGUAUGAAGGUGAUCCGGGCCUGCUACACACCCACCUCCCUGCAGUACCUCUGCUGCUCUCGCUUGCGCCAGCAGCGGCCCGACUGCCCUGACAUCCUGAACUUGCUGCCCCUGCCCCCGGGCCUGCGCCACCUCCUCCACAUCCAGUUGGGCUGGGUGUUCACCCUCAACAACGGCGCCCCCGAGCAGUCUGAGGACUUGACUGAAGACUUCGUUAAUGACUUUGCAGUGGAGUUGCCUGAUGACUUGCUUGAGGAGCCUAGUCCAUGCCCGAGCCCCUGUCUCAGCCAGGUGUCCUCCCUCAGUCCCUGCUCCUCCCCUAGCCCUGUACCCAACCCCCUACCAUGCCAAUGCCCCUGCCUCCUCUCGCCCAGUGCCCAGCCCUGCCCCUCCCUGUGCCCCUGCCUGCCCACCCUUCCAGGGAGCAACUCAUACAGUGAGGACUUCCAGUGGAAAAGAUGCCGCUGGACAUGACUUUCCUUUUCAAAUAUCCCCCCAGAAAUGUUAGAUAAAGUUGGCACUUGAUCUAUUCUGGACUUUUCUACAAAUGCCAUUACCAUCUACUGGUGGAAAAGUCCACAAGAGGGAAAGAGUUAUAUCUUAGUCAGAUUUCUAAGCACUUUCUAAGACGUUCUGAGUGGAAUGCCCUCUCACCCAAAAGACUGUCAACAGUGUCCUUCUAAAGCACUUUGUCGAUGAACUCUCCCCAGCUUGCCUGGCUGAAGGGAAGGGUAAGACAGCCACCCCUGAUAUCCACCACCCUGCUCUUGAGUCAGAUAGAUAACAGACUUAGAACCAAGUCAUCUACUGUAUAGACGCUCCCUAUACUUUCAUAUCAAGGCUCAGAGAGCCACAAAGCUCGAAUUUAGAAAAAGGUGCAUUGCUCAAUAUACAUCUUUGUAUACAAAUAUGUAAAUAUAUACUGUACAUACAGUGGGGUCCAGAAUGAUUGGAUCCCUUGAUAACGAUGAGCAAAAAAGACUGUAUAAAAAAUAAAAAAUAAAUACUGAGCUUAUUGGAUCCCCAGUUUUCCAUGCAGAAUAUU